AUGAUUCAUACUGCAGAUAUUCAAGAUCAAGAAUCACUAGCAGAAGAACUAGAUGAAGACCUUUCCCUAUGUGACUUUCCCAUAAACGCGGAUGAAAAUGAUCAGAUCAUCAAAGACCUAUCCAAGAAUCAUGUCAUGCAAUCAUCGCCGUCCAAUUUCUUUGAAUUUUUCAGUGAUUUAAGUUCUGAAAUGUCUCAUGCAGAAGAAAUUAUUUUCUGUGGUAAGCUUUUACCUUACAAGAUCCAACCUGAUAAUGUUCUUGAUGAUAUUCAGAAGUAUCCCCUUCGAGAUGAUGAGAAAUCGAAAGGGACCGAUAGACGAAGAUGUCAAUCAUCGGAUGAGUUGAAGAUCAUGAGAUCAAACGGUACAAACACCGAGCUAUUGCGAAGCAGCAAAUCUUUAGGGUUUAGGUCAUUUAGGGCAUUAAAGCCAAGAUGGAAUAUUUUCAUGUUUGGGUCUGUAAAAUUUCCACCCGAGAUGGAUCUUCAAGAUAUAAAAAACCGGCAGAUUCGAUGCAGAACCGGGAGUAUUUUUCCGUGGAUAGAUGCCGGAGAGAAGGCUCCGAUGCGCCGGACUGAUAGGAGAAACAAAUGGGGUUAUGAUUUGCUAAGGGUGUUAAGUUGCAGAAACCAUGAAAAUGUAGCUGUGAAGGCUUCAAUUGGUAUCAUGCCAAGAACUAUGCCCAAGGCAAUGGAGAACUGGAAAGGAUUUGGCGCAGGGGUGGGUGGGUUGGUUAAAGAGAUUCAGGACCGUGGAAAGCAGCAAUUAUUUUGCUGGUAUUUUUCUAUUGGCUGGUAUUCCAUUUCACGACCUGAGAUGUAA